UACAUACAAUAAAAAGAAACACCCCAACCCCACCCCCUCGAUCUCCUCCAUAACCUUAUUGCCCUCCUUCUAAUAUGCUUUACUAUUUCUAGCUUCUAGUUUAUUGGAACACAAUCACUACUAGAAACUCUUUGAGUACUUGUUGAAAACCUCUUCUUUACUAUCAACUUACUUUAUUAGUAGUCUUUGCCACUUCUAAUUAAAAAGUUCUCAACAGAUUGGAAUCUUCACAAAACUCUGAUUUUCUUUCCUUUUCUUCCAUUGAAUAUUGAAGGAGAGAAAAAUGGACAAGUUUGUUCAGCCAUAUGAUAAAGAAUGCAUGAAGAUGGCCAUGUUAAAGCAUGAAGAAACCUUCAAAGAACAGGUAUAUGAGCUUCAUAGAUUGUAUCAAAUUCAGAAGAUGCUAAUGAAGAAUAUGCAUAUAAUAAGCACACAAAACCAUCAAGAAAACAUAUGCUUCAAUAAUAAUAAUCAACAACAGAUCAAUAAGAGCAAUUUUGAUUUGGAACAACCCGCAAGUAAUAAAGAGUACAAGCUAGAUGAUGAUCAAUAUAUUGUGGAAGACGAGUGUGAAAUCGAGCUCACGUUGGCUCCAACAAGUUUUAACCGAAGGAGGAGCAUGACGAAUAAGCCCAAAUCAUUCGAACCGGUGCCAAGUUUUUCGUCGUCUUCAUCAGGGUCGAGUCACAUAAAGAGAGUAGAUAGAAUUACAAGAAACAACACUUCUUCUUCUUCUUCUACAGAUAGAACAUCACUCAAACAGCCUCCAUGGAUGUAUCAAGUUUUAAGUUUAAAGAUGACUUGAUAUAAAAGACAAUUGGAGAUCAUGAACUCAAGAAAAGAUCAAUGUUUGGUAUAAUAUUUCAAGAUUUUAAUAUUUAGCUAGGUUUUUUAAUCAAUUUUUCUACUCAAGGACACUACUGAUUUGUUUGUUUUUGUGAAGUUUCUAGUUUUCUU